AUCAUCAACCGUAAUGGCCGUCGGUCAGCCCAUCCAGUUCCUACCCAUCGCCCGACACGUGGACAAGAAGGGAGGAUAUGUAUUCCGAAUAUGCCUAUUGCCGUCAUCAUUGGCUAUCGCCUCACAGCAGAGGGUUGGUGCUAAAGUCAACAGCGUUAUUCGAAUACUCGAUGAAGCUACUCUGUCUGAGAUGUCCCUUUUACCCGCAUGCCACGAUCAACCCAUCACAGACCUCCAGGUCAUACCAGCCUCCCAUGGACGUGGAUUAGUGUCCUCUUCUCGUGAUGGUACUGUGAAGCUAUGGGACCUGAGAUCCUCAGGAGGCCCUGUUGGGACUAUAGUAUGCAGUAGUAACCGUAGAGAUGCUCAGCUCUUUGGAGCCAGUAUUAACACCAACAACGUGCUCGCAGUCGGCCUAGACUCAGACGUCGCGCUGUAUGAUGUGAAAUCUGGUAAUAGCAAGCCUUACUUCACUUACACGGAGGCUCAUAUGGACAUAGUCAAUUGCGUCAAGUUCCAUCCAACACGGACGAAUCUUUGCCUUACCGGAGGAGAUGAUACUCUCAUCAACGUACUUGAUGUUACUGAUCUCAAUAACGAGGACGAUGGACAAGCCCCUAAAGUGACCCUCAGUGCUGAGGACUCUGUACGAUCAGUGUCUGCGGCCGGACCUACUGGGGACCUUCUGGUAGUGUCGACUUGCACUGAGAGGCUUCAAGUGUGGAAUGCUAGUACGGCUCAGCGAUGCCUUGAGAGUAGUGGUAUUCGGGAGCAUCCUUUAUUGUGUGCUAGCCAAGGGGAGCAAGAAGAUAUGCAACUGGGGUACAUCAUCGACGCCCAAUAUGAUGCCCCAUCGGACCGUCUAUACAUUCUUGGUGGAUCUACCAAUGGUACGGUAGUGUGCUGCGAAUUGGCUGAUGCAGCCGAGCUGACGACACAUGGGGUAUUCCAUACAGGCUUGGGGGAUAGGGGACAUGAGGGGGUGGUCCGAUCAGCAGUAUUGGACACUACUCGAGGAACGGUAUUUACAGGAGGAGAGGAUGGUGCGGUAGUGAGCUGGGGACCAAAUGCUGGAGAGUCCAGACCCGAACUUAAAGAUACUAGGAAGGGCCCUCGGGGUGUGGCGGCAUCACCGUAUUAACACUGUCAUCUGUAUUGUUCCUCCUUA